AUGAUAUCUUCAGGAGUUUCAGGUUUGUACGACUAUGGCCCUCCAGGUAUGGCGUUGGAGCAGAAUAUUUUGGACGUUUGGAGAAAACAUUUUGUAUUUGAAGAAAAUAUGUAUGAAAUCGGCACAAGUGUUAUUACACCGCAUGAGGUGCUUGAGACAAGUGGGCAUGUGGCGAAAUUUGCAGAUUGGAUGUGCAAAGACCCAUCUACUGGUGAAAUUUUUCGUGCAGAUCACUUAAUCAAAGAAGUUUUAAAAGAUAGGCUUGAGAAGAACGAAAAGGCACGUUCUGCGUGUGCAGAGACAGUCCAAUGUCCUUCUGGUUGGAAUUCUGGUGAAACUUCUGUUAUUUUGGAUGAAACAACGAUAAAACAAUAUGAAAAAAUUAUUUCUCAAGUUAAUUCGAUUGACAGUUAUGAUGGAAAGGGUCUUUCAGAAUUAAUAGAAGCGUAUGAUAUUCGAAAUCCAGCGACAAAUGUCUCUGUAGAAGCACCUGUUGCCUUUAAUUUAAUGUUUGCUACACAAAUUGGUGCUGCUGGGAAUAUUGCAGGUUAUUUGCGUCCGGAGACAGCUCAGGGACAGUUUUUAAACUUUAAUAAGCUUUUGGAAUUCAAUAAUGGCAAAAUGCCUUUUGCUUCAGUUACAGUUGGUAAAAGUUUUAGGAACGAAAUCAGCCCAAGAAGUGGGUUGUUACGAGUAAGGGAGUUUACUAUGGCAGAGAUUGAACAUUAUUUUGAUCCUUCAAAUAAAGAUCACAAGCGAUUUCAUGAGGUGCAAGAUGUUAAAAUUAAGUUUUUAACGAGGGAGAUGCAGGCGUCUGGUAAUGAAGCGAUAGAAAUAACCGUUGGAGAGUCUGUCUUUGAAGGUAUUAUAGAAAAUACAACUUUAGCCUAUUUUUUGGCACGAAUACAAAUGUUUUUGAUUAAAAUUGGUGUGGAUAAGAAUAAACUUAGGUUUCGACAGCAUAUGCAGAAUGAAAUGGCACAUUAUGCAUCUGAUUGUUGGGAUGCUGAAUUAUUAACUUCCUAUGGAUGGAUUGAAUGCGUUGGAUGUGCUGACCGCGCUGCUUAUGAUUUAAUAGUUCACUCUAAGAAAAUAAAAGAGAAACUUGUUGUUAGAGAGCUGCUUCCUAAGCCUAUGGAAAUUAAAGAAUGGGUUGUGAAUCUAGACAAAAAGAAAAUUGGUCCUUUGUUUAAAAAAGAUUUAAAGUUUGUUGAGGAAGCAAUAUGUAAUUGGAAUGAUGAAGACAAAAUGAAGUAUCGUGAUCAAGCUGUCUCUGAAUCUAAAAUUACUGUUCAAGUAGCAGAUGGAAGGCAGUUUGAUGUUCCUUCAUCUUUAUUUACAAUUGAAGAAGUUAAAAAAACGAUUAAUGUUCGUGAAUAUGUUCCUAAUGUAAUUGAACCUUCUUUUGGUAUAGGCAGAAUUUUAUAUUCUCUUAUUGAGCAUUCCUAUUGGAUAAGAUCCGAUGAUAUUGAUCGUGGUGUUCUUUCUUUCCUUCCUAUAGUUGCACCUGUAAAGUGUUUAUUAGUUCCACUAAGCAAUAAUUCGAUGUUUGAUCCAAUUAUUGAUAGAUUAUCAUCUAAAUUGUCUCGACUUGGUAUAUCUUAUAAAGUGGAUGAUUCUUCUGCUGCAAUUGGUAGACGGUAUUCGAGAAAUGAUGAAUUGGGUAUACCGUUUGGAAUAACAGUUGAUUUCCAAACAGUAAAUGAUGGAAGUAUAACUCUUAGAGAACGGGAUACUACGAAACAAAUAAGAGCAUCAGAAGAAGAAAUAUUAGAAGUUAUUAAAAAGCUUUUAGAAGGGAUUAUUUCAUGGGAAGAUAUAUUAAAAUUAUUUCCUGUAUUCAAUAAACAGGAAAUUAAUGUUCUCGAAACAAAGGACUUUAUAGAAAAUAAUUCAUAA